UGACGAAACUGACUUCAGUUUUUUAAAAAGAAUUAAAAUAAAUUUUUCGUUCCGUUUGAAGAAGUCUUGUAACAUUGAUUUUAUCUAGAUUGAUUUUUGCAUCGAGUUUAGUUCAAACGGUUUUUAAUUGAAAAAAAAAAGUGAUAAACAAUAGAGCUGUAGAUAGAAUUUUGACAGCUUCUGAAACAAAAAAAGAAAGAGACAGAAAAAUAAUAUGAGAUAAUUAUAAAAGUGCCAAAAAAUAAAUAAAUUUAGCACGUUGAUAAUUAAUUAACUUUAAAAAAUAAAUUAAAUUUAAAGAAAAAUAAAACAAAAUAAAAAAUGGCUGUAACUUCAUCUCCACAAAACACAACAACUUCUCCUCCUGCCUCUCCGGAGGGCUACACGAACAACGCUUAUGAAAAAGAUGCCGCAGCAACUUUGGACAUCAACGACAAAAAUGCCAAGCAAUUGGAAGUGACGACAACCACGACAGAGCCCACACUCGAUUUUGACGAUCUCCUUCCGCAUAUCGGCGAAUUCGGACGUUACCAAAAGAUUUUGUUCCUUUGCAUGAUUCCAUUUGCAUUUUUCGUCGCUUUUGUCUAUUUCUCGCAAAUUUUUAUCACACUCGUGCCCGAAGAACAUUGGUGCAACGUUCCUGAGUUGGCUGACUUGAGUCUCGAAGAUCGUGUCAAAUUCGCCAUUCCCAUCGAUGCGGACGGCAAAUAUCACAAAUGCAUGAUGUACAAUGUGAAUUUCACGGAAAUGCGCCUUAAGGGCAUCGAUAAGCCGGAUCAAAAGUGGCCUAUGACCUCAUGUCGCAACGGAUGGGAAUACAAUUUCACCGAUAUCCCGUACGCCACAGUUGCCACGGAGCUGGAUUGGGUUUGUGGCGACAGUUAUUUGCCCACAUUAUCGCAAUCGGUCUUCUUUGUGGGUGCCAUUUGCGGCGGUUUGUUGUUCGGAUGGAUCGCGGAUCGCUUUGGCAGAGUCCCCUCAUUGGCGCUGUGCAACUUGGUUGGAUUUGUAGCUGGUGUGGCGACGACUUUUUCAACUAGUUUCUGGAUGUUUGCCUUUUGUCGGUUCCUCGUGGGAUUCGCGUUCGACAAUUGCUUCACCAUGAUGUACAUUUUGGUUCUUGAAUAUGUUGGUCCACGCUGGCGUACAUUCGUUGCGAACAUGAGUAUCGCAAUUUUCUUCACGAUGGCUUCUUGUGCUCUUCCAUGGAUCGCUUACUAUUUGGCUGACUGGAGAACCUUCACAAUUGUCACUUCCGUGCCUCUCGCGCUUGCCAUCUUGACUCCAUGGGUCGUUCCGGAAUCAGCUCGUUGGCUCGUUUCCCAAGGAAAAACCGACAAAGCCAUGAAAAUCCUGAAAAAAUUCGAAAAAGUCAACAAAACAACCGUAGAUCCCGUUAUUUAUAAACAAUUCCAAGCGAGUUGCGAGGCAAUCCAAAAAGAAGAAGAAAAUAACGCAAAUUACUCGAUUUUGGAUCUCUUUAAGACUCCCCGCUUGAGAAAUAACACAAUUUUGUUGAUCAUUAUCUGGAUGGCGAUCUCGUUGGUGUUCGAUGGUCACGUCAGAAAUGUCGGGCAGCUCGGUUUGGAUUUGUUUGUGACUUUUACAGUUGCUUGUGCGACUGAAUUGCCUGCAGAUACUUUCUUGACGUUGACUUUGGACCGUUGGGGACGUCGUUGGUUGGCAUUUGGAACGAUGGCUGCUUCCGGAAUGUUCUCGUUGUUUGCUACAGUGGUGCCAGGAGGCAUCUUUUCCGCAACUUUGGCGAUUUUGGGACGUUUUAGUGUCAAUAUCUCGUACAACAUUGGACUCCAAUACGCUGCUGAGCUCUUGCCGACAGUUGUGCGUGCCCAAGGCGUUGCUUUCAUCCACAUUAUGGGAUAUGUUGCGCAAAUUAUUGCUCCGUUCGUCGUCUAUCUCGGUAAUAUCGCACCCACGUUGCCUCUCAUUGUGCUCGGUAUCAUUGGUAUCAUCGGGGGAUUCCUUUCACUCUUCUUGCCCGAGACUUUGGGACAGGAAUUACCUCAGAGCUUGGCUGAUGGCGAGGAAUUCGGUGCAAAUCAGAAAAUGUGGAGUUUUCCAUGCAUUUCAAAGAACGUUGAUGACGACGAAGAAAAAGAAUGUUCCUUCAAUCGUGCCUCGACAGCAACUUCUCCCGGCUCGCAUAUCCAUGGCGCUUCCUUGCGUGCCUCGACUCGCGGCGAACUCAGCUCUUACAUGCUACGACGAUCAGUGCGUUCGAGAGCAUCUUGCACGUCGCUCAAGUCCAACGGCGGCGGUGUCUACAUCACUCGACUAUGAGCCAAAAAUUUUUAUUUAUUUUUAAAAUUUUUUUGUUUCUUGAUGCAAUUCGAAUAUUUAUGAUCUAGUCAUGUAAGACGCGAGUACUUGACAAGAAACAAAACUGUACCUCAAGCAGUAUUGUGAUAGUUGAUAAAUUAAAUUUAAGAAGUUGUUUAAAAAAAAUGUAGUUAAGGAGUAGAAACCCCCACGCAAAAUUCUUGCCUGACGAGUCAACAAAUUCCGGUUUAAACAGUGCCUCAUUCAAUAGUGCCAUCCAGUGCCUCGAACAACUUUCAAAACUGACAAUAAUACUUACUCUGAAAAAUACUUCGAAAAGAAAAAAAAUAACAAAUUUAGACUCGAAUUUAGUAGAAAUUAGUUAAAAAGUAGUAAAAAAAUCAAUUAAUGUUGAAUUGAAUGUUUUACUCAGUAGUUCAAAAUAUAUUUAUGUAUUAAGUUAAACUUUUACUAUGUAGAAAAGAUAGGAGCUAAACUAUGUAUUAUUCACAAAUAUUUAUAUAAAUAAGCAAUA